GCGUGUUUAUGGUGCGCGAUUCCAGUGUCAUUGAUGCGUGUAUGUGCGAGAUGGGAUGGCGUUUACUAAAAAGGAUACAUUAUUGAACUCAAGUUUAAAUUGAAUGGCCAUGUUGCUGGUUUUAUUUGCAUGGGUGCUCAUUUUCGGAAGUACAUUGUGCCAAGAAGUUGUUGACACUGAUAGCGACAGUACCACCGAAGUUACCGGAUUCAUCGACCAUGAAGAAGUCAAAUUGGAGUCAUUCCUGUUGACAGAUGAACAGGCAAAACUAUGCGGAUCUACAGGCUACUUUGCUGACCCCGAUGAUUGCUGUCACUACAUUCAGUGCGACGGUGAUGAGUGGGAAGGAUGGAGACAAUUCUGUAUGGGGGGAACUGUGUGGGAUCCAAGACUUUGCGCUUGCGUUCAUCAGGAUGAUUACCCAGCAUGCAAUGCUCAAGAAUGCAAUGUUGCCGGGAAUGCCACUUUUCCGGAGUGUCCAGAAGAUUUAGAUGAAGAAAAUCAGUGUUGCCUCAAGUACGAUCGUGGUCAAGUGUAUACUAGGAAUGGAUCAGACCCGACAAUGUAUAAAAUAAAUGAUGGUCCAUGGCAGACAUGUCCGUUUGGAGGAAAGUUUAUAUUGGACUCGGAGGAAGUGGACUCGUGCUACUGUGAAAACGAUAAAAGAGACGUUCCCUGUCCCUGUCUACGUUUUAGUUUUGAUAAUCCUCUGGAUGAUUUUCACCCAUUGUACGAUGAUCAAGGAAUCUAUUCAGAAAUCGGAGAAGUCAUAUGGAUGUUUCCAGGAGCGCCACCUAGUCCAGGAAUUGGGGCCAUGUUCAUGGGUCCAAAUUCAUGGUUCAGUGUGCCAAGAUACGCUAAUGUUGAUUUUCAAUCAAACUUAACUGUGACGUUUUUCAUCGCUCCACAAUCUGGUUUCUUCAAUGGUCCCUUAUUUCAUAAUGGUGCUCCUGGAGGAGAAGAUGCUACAAUUUCUUUAGAAUACUACAUUGUAAAUGGCCAAGCCUGGUUAGUAGCAGGGGUUCAGGCUGAAGAUGGAACAGACGAUAUCAUAUUUAAAGGGGUGUCUUUCCCCCCGUCACAGUACACAUUUAUCGCGUUGGUGUAUGAUAUGGGUGAACUAUCCUUAUAUGUUGGUGACAAUCCACCCAUUGCAGUUCUUGAAGCAGACUCCAUAGACGAGGCAGACAGAAAGGCACUACUAAGUCAAGUCGCAACUGAUGUUUUCACAAAGGCUGUUGGGUUGAGGAGCAGUGAGAAUGAUGCUGAAAGAAAAGAAGUUAUUCGAGAGGUAGAAGACGCAUCAGACGAAGUUGGUUUCUACGUCGAGACUGAACUAGAAACGUAUCUUACCGGUAGUAAAUUGUUCAAAAAGGCAUUCGAGGAGUACAGUAGGUCUUCUAAUCGUGAAGAAUUAAGUCAGGAGCUUGAGAAAAUGGCAAAUGACGUUCAGGAAGCGCUAGAACAAUUGGAAUCUUUGGUUGUACAAUUGAAGGAUGUCAAGCAAAAGCUUGCAGAAAUAGACCCAGAGCAAGAGAGUGGAGACUUGAAUGAUUUAAAGUGGAAAUUUGGUCGAAUGAAAACAAAGAUUCUUGACUUGGUCUCUCGUGUUGGUGGAUUCGGAGAAGCGGGUGGUGAAUCCAAACUCGGAAUGCUCAUACAGCAGGCUUUCGAUUUACUUGAAAAAGAUGGCUUCAUUACCAAGAGGAAAAAGCGAUCAUCACCCGCUGAGAGAGAGGGACCAAAUACUUGCAUAAUGCCAUCUAAAUUCCCGAUUACAUUCGGAUCAAACUUCUUUGGAUUCAUGGAUGAGAUGACUGUUUGCAAUUUUGCUGCAACUUUUGAACAAAUAGAGCUCCACAAGACUGGUGAUCAAAGGCAAUUUGAGGGUCUGACUUAUCCAUAACGAUAAAAUUGGUUAAUGUGCUGAGUUGAACGCCAUCUAACUAAUUGAACCCAUGAAAUAGUGAAACUAUGUAAAAGAAAAUACUGCUAUUAAUAAAUCAAAUCUUGCAUUGAGACAAAGUACACAUCCUCUCCCCACUCAAGGCCUCUGUGAUGGAGAAGGACGAGGUACGGAUAGUAUCCUAAUGCAAGACUAAAUG